AUGGACCAAAAAUGUCAUGGGAAUAAGGGCCAGAUCAUUGGCAGUAAUGACAAGUGGCUGGAUGCCUAUCAUGACCCACUCGCAUCGCUGUACACUUUCACGCAGUGUCUGACCUUGUCUGACAUUCAAGCAGAUGGAGAUUGGAAGCUUAUAGUUGCAGACCUUGGGACUGGAAGCUACGAUAUGAAGCUCAAAGUCUAUAAAAACACAACUUUGAUGAGCGAGCAUACAAUCAUAGACCUGCCGACAGGAGUUGUCACAUUUUAUAUGGAUAACCUUGAACCGAGAACUCCUGCUAUUGCUGUGGCAUCGGGGCCUUAUAUUUAUGUCUACAAAAACCUGAGACCCUACUUCAAGUUCACACUACCUCCCUUGGAUGUGCACCCAAUGGAGCAGGAGCUGUGGGACCAAGCAAGAGAUGAUCACAUCAGUAUUUACAGAAUGAAAGAAACACUUGAGGCUUUGAGACAAGAAAGCACCCCUUUGACUGUGAGAUCAUUACAACUUCUGCAGCUGGACAACAACCAGAUAGAGAAUUUUGUCAACUUACACAAGAACACACCCUUAAAAAAACAGACUGUGGUUACUUGUCUGGACACAAUGAAGAAGUCUGUGGCAGAUGAGGACGCUAUCAGCUGCCUGAUUUUAGGAACUGAGAGUAAAGCCAUCUAUGUUCUUGAUCCUGGAGCAUUCACAGUACUUGCCACGAUGGAGCUGCCAAGUGUUCCAGUGUUUAUCAGUGUCACUGGUCUGUUUGAUGUUGACUAUCGUAUCGUGGUUGCCUGCAGAAAUGGACGUGUCUACACUUUGAAAAGAGGCAGCAAAGAUGUUGCAAAAAACAUGAUAGAGCUCAACUCACAACCUGUCGGGAUGGAGAGAAUCAACAAAAACAUUUAUGUUGGUUGCAUGGAUGACACUUUACAUUGCUAUACAUCCAAGGGUAAAAGACUGUGGACGGUCCGCCUGCCAGCGAGCAUCACUACACUGGAAGUCAUUGAUUAUAAGCCCAAAAGUUUUACAGCAGUUCUCGUUGCUCUUAGCAACAAGGAAGUCCAUAUCUACAAGGAGAAGUUUCUUGUGGAUGUGAUCAAGAUGGACGAUGUCAUUACGGGCAUGUGCUUUGGCAAGUUUGGUAGAGAGGAUGGCACACUGGUGAUGUCUGCAAAAUGUGGAGGGCUUUAUGUGAAAAUCUUGAAGAGAACUGCAAAUUUUGAUGAGAAAGACAUUUCUGCUGGGCCUCCCAAAGCACAAAGUGUCAAGCUAAAUGUGCCAAAGAAAACCAAAUUGUUUGUGGAUCAGACACAGAGGGAACGGGAGCAUGCUGUAGCCAUACAUAGAACAUUCCAGCGAGACCUGGCCAGACUGAGACUGCGAGUGAUGAAAGAAUAUGUCAAGGCUGUGGACAACAGUUUGAGUCCUAUAUCUUCUGAUCCAAUGGAACCUAUCAAACUGAAUGCUUUUGUUCAAGGUGUUGGUCCGACCUUCAAGUUUACAGUCAAACUUCAGAACACAUCACUCAGCCAAGCCUCCAUUGGCCUCUUCAUCACAUUCGAUUACGAUGACAAGCUGUAUCAUUUCCGCAAGAAGUUAAUCCAGGUGCCAAUCCUAGUUCCAGGCCUGACCUAUGACUUUGACUCAUUCGUGGACUGUCUCAACAAUAAUGGUGUUAGUGACAGUGUGAAGGUCUAUGUGAUUAAACCAGGAAGGGCUGUACCUAUUAUUACCGGGGUGGUCAGCAUGCCAGUUAGUGAAAGCAUCAUAAUUGUUUAG